AUGAAACUGGUGCCACACGCUAUUCCUGUAGAGUCUGUGGACUCUGCAGAUAACGGGGAUUUAUUUCAUCUACUUCCCAUCAGAACCAGAGUCCAGGACGGAUGGUCACAGUAUCACUUUGUAGCCUCAUCUUCAACAAUAGAAAGGGAUCGGCAAAGACCGUACUCUUCAUCACGCACACCCUCCAUCUCUCCUGUGCGCAUGUCUCCUAACAACCGCUCAGCAAGUGCCCCAGCCUCACCUCGGGAAAUGAUCAGCCUAAAAGAAAGAAAAACAGACUAUGAAUCAACUGGAACAAACGCCACUUACCAUGGAAAUAAGGGAGAACACACUUCUAGGAAAGACACCAUGACAGCUCAGAACACUGGAAUCUCAACUUUGUACAGGAACUCCUAUGGUGCACCUGCUGAAGAUAUCAAACAUAACCAGGUUUCAACACAGCCAGUUCCACAGGAGCCCAGCAGAAAAGAUUACGAACCAUAUCAGCCGUUUCAGAAUUCAACAAGAAACUAUGAUGAGUCCUUCUUUGAGGACCAAGUGCAUCAUCGUCCACCUGCAAGUGAAUACAACAUGCACCUGGGACUAAAGUCAACUGGCAACUACGUCGACUUCUAUUCAGCUGCUCGUCCCUAUAGUGAACUUAACUAUGAAACAAGCCACUAUCCAGCCUCUCCCGACUCCUGGGUUUGAGACUUGGGCAGAUACAAAAGCUCCAGGAACUGUGCAUGUGCAUGCAUACCACAAGACAUUUUUUUUUCCUGCAAAUUUAGUUUGUUAAAGCCUGUUCCAUAGGAAGGCCCAGAUAACCAGUAUGGAAAAAAUUAAGAGAUUUUUUUAGAAGGCUAAAAGAUACGAAAGCUAAACCUGGGAGUAAUUAAAAAGAAAUAUAUAUAUAUACAUAUAUAUAUUUUACAGUGUAGGGCAACUUUACUGUUGGCCUGUAGAGUCUAAAGUUCAGUGCUGUAUAUUGAAUGUGGCUGAAGGAAGGAGAGAGAACAUGACAGUGGAUGUGAGUCCAGAGUUAAGCACAAGUAACUGAGCAACGUACAUACUUUAUGGGGAACAGCUUCUCACACUUUGUUUAAUAUCCUCAUUCAUUGUGAAUCUAGGCUUCAAGUUGCAUUUGGGGUUUCCUCUGUACAGCAAGAUGUUUCUUGCCUUUUGUUAAUGCAUUGUUGUAAAGUAUUUGAUGUACAUUACAGAUAAAAAAAGAAAGUGCAUUGUGUAUAUUACACCAAUGCCACAGUGUUUCUUCAUCUAUGGUUCUAAAUAUUGCUUCAAUUUCAAAUUUUGAAAGAUGUAUGAAUUUCCAGGGUUUUUUUUUUUUCUUUUCCCCGGUGCGUUUUAACAAAAAAAAAUUUCAAAAAAAAAAUCAAAAAAACAAAAAGGAAUAUUUAGCAGUAUUGUUCGUUCUGAUAUGUGAAUUUGUUUGUGGCAACUAAAAAAAAAGGCAUUCAGCAGUUUCUGACAAUUAACAUUCGUCAUUCCACACUCCUUGUCAACAAAGUGCUUUUUCACUGCCUAAAAUUUUAGAUGUAGAUAUUUGAAAUAGAUUUUUUUCAUUUAUACCAGUUUUCUUUAUGAUGAUACAGUGUUAAAAGAAAAUAAAUUACAAUUGAUAUGUCA